AUGGAUUUCGAAAAGUACCACGAGUUGAUCCCUGAGGGAAGAUGCGCCAAAUGCCGAAAGAUACCAUGGCGUUACAGCGAAUGGUUCGCAAACAGAUCUUCUUUCAAGAUUGAGCAUCACGAAUCUUGGACUGCUCUCGAGGAGGCAGCAUCUGCUGUUUGCGAUCUAAGUCGCAGUCUGAGGGUUCUUGCUCUUCGCCAUAUCGACGCAGAUAUGCCAAAGGCCAUUCCGUGUCUACUUCGAAUCGAGCUGGUAUACUCGGAGAUUGAACCUCUGGAACUCAAGUACGCUAUCGGGAACAAAAAGGAACAUGAAUUUGUGUUUGGGAUUGAAACAGCAGAUGGUCUUGAUAUUCCAGAUGAGUCUAUGGGCAGCAUCAAACGUCUUGGCCCGGAAACGCAAGAUUCUGAUUUGGACGCGCUGAUUCGUAACCGGAUAGACCCUUGGAUAGAGGAUUGUCUCCAUCAACGUGGCCGGCACACCAACUGUAAACCAGUAUCAAUUCGCGGACAAGAGACUUUCCACCUUCCAACGCGCUUAAUUGACGUCGGAAACCGAAACGCCCCAUUAGCCCAGCUCGUCGAAACGAAGGAUUUGCUGUCAAUCAAGCCAAAACCAGAGUACUUGGCUCUAAGCUAUUGUUGGGGACAAAGCAAUGAGCCGGCGAAGAUCACGAGGACGAAUUUCCAGGCAAGGAAACAACGGCUCGAAGAGUGGAACUUUCCAAAGACCAUUCGAGACGCCAUCCAUCUCACUCGUCUCAUGGGCAUCAGAUACUUGUGGGUAGACGCUGUAUGCAUCAUACAACCCAGUAGCCAGGACCAGGAUCUCACAGACUGGGAGAAGGAGGCUCCGAUGAUGGCAUCCUACUACAGCAACGCACGUUGCCUUUUCUCCGCCCUUGCCGCAUCCGAUUCCGGCCAGGGCAUCUUCACAGAGCGCCGCGCGCAAAAAUACCCUCGGAAGAACAGCCCCAUAAAGUUCACUUAUCAGCCCCUCCUCACCAGAGGCUGGUGCUUCCAAGAACGUGUCUUGUCACUUCGCGCUCUCCACUGGUCAGCAAAUUGCCUCUACUGGCAGUGCCAGAGCCUGACUGAGGCAUCGGAGCAAGAUCCGAACGAAGAACUACCGAGAGCCUAUCCUGCUAUUGCCCGCGAUGAGCCGCAGAUCUUUCAGAGGGAAGCCGAGUUCGCCUUGACGAGUUCGUGGCUGAGGGCGGUGGUCGCGUACAUGCGCACCGAUUUCACUUAUCUCACAGACCGCUUGAUCGCAAUCGAGAGUUUGGGAACGCGCCUGGCCAAGAUCCACGGUGCCGAGUACUUUGCCGGUGUGUUCAGCUCGGAUCUCACCCGGGGGCUUCUUUGGCGGCUGACGGGCGAUUUGGAAACAUCCCAGAAGCUCUCCUAUUUUCCCUCUUGGUCCUGGGCUUCAUCAACCAAUUCAGGCCCUGUUUUCUUUGAACACGAACAAGAUGAUGAGUUCAAAUCUUUAACUGGAGUCGGUGGCCAUGGGGAGGUGUUUCCGUCAGCCGGCUCAGCCAUGGACUUUGACACGCCAGAAAAGCGAUCCCUUCGGCUGGAGGCGCCGUUGCUGGAGGCCAACCCGGCAAAAGUGCGCGUGGAGUUUGACGAUCCUUACGGCACGCGUUCUUUCAAGUUUAUAGAUGAGUCGUCGGAUGCUGAAGUUGAAAUGAUCUUUGACGCUGCACAUUUCGUGCCACAGGAAUUCGGACCUACGAAAUUGCUGUUCCUGUCUGUGACGGAGCAACAGACCGAGAUUGCAAUGUUUGGUCUCAUCGUUCGGCCUCAAGAGGGCUACUAUGAGCGCGUUGGGUAUGUGUCGUUUACGAUGCCACUUGAGCUAUCUGCGGGACCGACAAAGCUGGCAGAGUUGAUGGCCAGACUUGAGGAAAACCGAUCACAUGUGAUUCUUAUAUAG